GCUCAGCGUGUGUGCCUCGUGUGUCUCGCAAAUUGUGGCAGCAACAACGAAGCAUCCACAACCACAGCAUAGCAUCAUCCAGUUGCAUCGAACCCUCUCGACUCAAUCAGUCAAUCAUUGAAUCAGUGUGGAAAGCCAGUAGGCGGGUGCGUCUGCGUCGCGUGUGUCUGCUAAACUUGCCACUUGCUACGUGCCACUUGCCACUUGCCACUACGGCUUUGGCUCUGACUUUGACUUUGUUCAGUAUUUUCGAGCGGGUUUUUCGAGCCGCUUCGAGUCGCGUCGCGCUGCACCGCGUCGCGCAUUUGUUUUGAAUUUGUUUUUGGAAUUGGAUUUGGAUUUGGAUUGUUAUCCCCCCCAACCCCCGUACCCCCCGUACGUGUGACGUGCUCGGUGUUUUCUUUGUUUGUUGUUUUUUGUUGUGGAGUGAAGAGUGCUGCAACCUGCAACAUUUGGCGUCGUCUCCGCAGCUUGGACCUGCUCUGACUGACCGAAAACUUUGCACUGGCAACUGGUAGGCGACUGCAACAAAAGGAAAGAAAAAAGCAAAGGAAACGGAACGAAACCAAAGACAAGUAAACACGCGGCAGUAGCAGCAGCAGCAGCAGCAGCAGCAGCAGCAGCAGCAGCAGCAGCUAGACAGGAAGAGAGAGAGAGAGAGAGAGAGAUUGAAGGUGGAAGCGAGCGGCGGCAACAUGCUGUCGUCGGCAAUAAAUAAAACAGCACGCAAUGCUGCCAAUACGUUCCAAGUGCUGGCCAUCCUUCUCUAUUGCUGUUCUCUGGUGCAGGGACAGGGGCAGGGACAGGGACAGGCACAGCAGCAGCACUUGAAGUAUCAGCAGUUGCAAUAUCAGAUGCAGCAGCAAUAUGAAUACCAGCAGCAGCAGCACUACCAGCAGCAGUUCCAGCAGAAGCAGCAGCAGCAGCAACAGCAGCAGCCACUGACACCCACUGUGGCAUUUGGUCAUAAGCAACACGAGGAGACAAUCGAUUUGCUGUCCACGCAGCCCACACAGCUGCUGCAGACGGGCGUCUCCCUGAUUGUGGACGAUGGCAAGGGCACAGCUGGGAACGAUGGGAAUGGGAACGCUAAUGGAAAUGGGAAUCGUCGUCGCAUUGCCCAGGCGGGCAUGCGGAAGCGAAAGCGUCGACCUCAAUUGCCGCUGGCAGCGCUGGGAGCCACCGAGGAGGACACGGCAGCUGGCUCUGGCUCCGGCUCUGGCUCUGUGGCGGACUCCGGAUCGACCUACUGGCGUGGUCAUGUCGAGGACGAUGCCGAGGCACUGAGGCGACGCAAGCAGCCGUUGGUCAGGGAGCCGAUGGCAGCGCUGGAACGCGAGCGGGACAAGCAGCGGCAACGGCCGGAGCCCACCCACAUUCCAGCACCCACGCUGGAUGCCAGCGUGCAGGCGAGCAGCCAGAGCAAAGCCUAUCGCCGGCCCUACGGACAGUCCAAGAAGCAGGAGCAGGAGGCGCCUGCCAGCGGGGCUAAGCUGCAGACAUCGGUGGACCUCAAGAAUAUUCUAAAGAACUCUGGCGGCCUGAGCCUCAGUGAGAUUUUGCAGCAGAAGAAUCUCUCGCUGGACGAUCUGCUCAAGGGUAAGCAGAAUGCACUGCUUGCGCUGCAGACCACGGCCAUAGCCCCACCCUCACAGCCGCAAGGGGAAGCAGUGCAAAAGAAGCAGAGCCCACAGAGCAAGCAGGGCGUGCGGCGACUGCCGAGUGCGUAUCUGAGCAGCACCACCACCAGCAGCACCACAACCAGCCAGAGCCACAGCCACAGCCACAGCCAGGAGAGCGAGGAGGAAGAGUCUCUGAGGAUGAGAGCCAAGUUUCCCACACUGCAGCGCCUGAAGCUCUUUGGCAGCUCUUCCCGUGAGAGCAGCACCACAAGACGCAGCCAGCAGCCCACUGCGGGCAGCACUGCCAGCAGCACAGCGGCACCCGGCACCACCACACGAGUGCCGCUCUACAAGAAGAGGCAGCACAUGCGCUCCACACUGAAGCCCCCGGGGCAGUUCAAGUCUGCCAGCAGCAGCAGCAGCAGCAGCACGACAGCAGCAACCACCACAACCACAACGAGCAGCAGCAGCAGCAGCAGCCUGGAGGUGGACACGAGCACGCCCAUCAUUACGAGCACAUUGGCCAACAGCAUUGAGGAGAUUGAAGAGCAGGAGCCGGAGCAGGAGCAGGAGCAGGAGGAGCGUGAACCCGAACCCGAGCCCGAUUCGAUUGAAGUGGAGUCUGGGGAAAUCGCACAAACGGAGCCACCUCCUGCGAGCACCACCAGCAAUCCACGCUACCGACUGCGCAAUGCCAGCAGCAAGGAGAGCCAAAAGCGACUCAAGGACAACUUUAUACAGCAAAACUACGACAGGAAUGUGGUGGAGAGCAUCGAAGAUGUGCAGCUGGACGCGGUGGACGCGCGAGGCAACAGCACAGAGGCAGCAUCACCAUCAGCAGCAGCACAGCCAGGCGGCAAUGCCAGCGGGGAGCUCAACUACAACGAUGACGACCUGGAGAACUUCUUCGACGAAGUGGAGAGCCACACGCAUCACACACGAGUGCCGGCACCAGAGAGGGAAAUCGAGCCACAACCUUCUUCGGCCCAGAGUCCAAUCGAAUCAUCGCCGGCACCCGCAGAGCAGCAGCCGCAGCCGCAGCCACAAUUGACUCUGGUGGACGAUGUGGAUGAUCGCACCGAUCUGCUGGAACUAAUCGAGGAUCGACGCUCCGGCAAUCGGCUGUUCAAGGUGCUCGAGCAGCGCAACAUGACGCUGGAGGAGCUGAUCGAGCAUCGGAAGCGCGGCUCCAGCCAGCUGCAUCUGUCCACGAUCGUGAGCGGCGGCGAUGAGCAUUCGCGCUUCUAUCCCGGCCAGAAGGUGGUGCUGCAGGACAACAUGGACAUUGUGACGGCCUUUGAGAACUUUCCGCACUUCAACCUGAUGGACCUGAAGAGCGUCAAGCCCGAUGAGAUCAAGACGGACUCGCAGGGCUCCAGCUACUUCACAUCCAUCAUCGACAUUGAGCCGAACGAGAGCGAGCAGCAGCAGCAGCAGCAGCCCGGUGGGAAUCGAGGACCCGCCUAUGCACAGACCUCGUCCGCCUCGCAGGCCGGAGGAGUCUCCUUCAAGCAUCACCAACAGUCGCGGGGAGAGAAGUCGCUCGGGUUCUUCCCGUCGUGGAAGACACUGGCGCUGGCCUCGCUGGCCACGGCCACGGAGGAGCGGAAUGCCUACUUCUUGCCACCGCCGCGACUGCUGCUCGAUGGGAAUGGCAGUGCCCAGGAGGUGGACUCGGAUCCGGAUGAGCUGCUCGAGCCGAGCAGCAUCGACAUCGACCUGAGCGUCAGUCCCUACGGUGGAGCUGGAGGCGAGGACGGCAACAGGUCGCAGCUGGCCAACAGCAGGCUGCUGCCGGCGAACGACAAUGUGAUCGAUGAGAUCGAGGAGGAGGUGGCACGGGCGCACGAUCUGCUCGACCUGGAGCUAUCCGGGCCCGGCUUCCAUCGCAGUCCGGCGGCGGCGGCGGCCACCUCGGUGUCCCAGCAGCAUCUGGGCACAAUGUAUGCCAGCAUGCCGUCCGGCAUUCGGUCGGCGAUUGUGGCCAGUGCCGCCAUCGUGAUCACCGCCCUGGCCACGUUCCUUGUGAUCUUUGUGGUGUGCCGCUGGAAGCAGCAUCGCCGGCGCAAGACCAGCUAUCUGAAGACCUACAAUGCGAUGAAGAGCAAGCUGCCGCAGAUGGCACAGACGGGUGCCGCGGCCUCGCGUCGCUCCUCGAUGCGCCAGCACUUGGAGGAGCUGGUCAUUGGCUCCAGCAGAGGGGCGGCAGCAUCGGGAGGAACAGGAGCCCCAGGCAUUGGCAUUGCGAGCAUCUCGACUGCCGUCUCCUGCUGCACGCCCGUCCACCAGCUGCAGCGACAGAGCUCCCUGCUGUUCACACGCGACGGAUCGGCCACGUUGAGCACUGCCACCUCCAUGACCGCGACAGGCGGAGGUGGAGCAGCCGCAGGUGCAGCACCAUCGACAGCAGCACUGGGUGGCCGCACCCAGGCUGGCCACAGUGGCAGCUCCGGCUCCGGCGGCAGUUCAGCCUCCGCCUCGCUGGCCCUGUCGCUGCGCAGUGCACACCAGAAGCUAAACACCAUGGACCCCAAUUCGCCGGAGGUGCAGGAGUAUCUGUUCGACACGUUGCGCAAGUCGUUCGAUAACUAGGCACCAGGCUGAGGCUAUCGAUAACUGAGCGAUGAACGGCGAUGGGUUUUGCACGCACACACACACAGAUAAACAAAUCUACAGAGAGCGCGCGUAAAAGUUAGUUAAUUAAUUAGUUUAGUCUAAGAAAGAAAUGAAACCUUUUUUUUGUGUGCUCAAAUUUCGAUUAGAAUAAAUUCUGUGAGAGAAAGUAAAACUAAAGCCCUAAACUAAACGAAAGAGACACCAACAUAUGCAUAGAUGCAGAGUGCAUACAGUGCGUUUCAUAGCUGUGGGAUGCCUAAGCUCCAAGCUACCCGAAAGCCCGAUCCCAGCCGACUCCAGACUUCCCACGAUCCCUCCGCCCACACACUCAUUUCGCAUGGCCACGAAGCGCGACUGUACUUAGUGUUGUAAGCCUCUAGAGUCUAGAGUCUAGAGUCUAGAUCCAUGCUAAAAAUCCUUCAAGUUCAUACAUAAAUACACACACAUAGAACACGGCAUUCAAAUGGGUUUCUAAAGCACCAAGCGAAAAAAAAAUAGAAAAUAGAAAUAGCAAAGCAAAAGAAGAAGAAGAAGAGUCGUAGCCAAACGUAAAAUAAAAGUACAGUUGUGUUCAGACGAAUCCACAGCACAGACUCGAAGCCCGAAAACCGAAGACUAAGAGUAAAAAAAAAAACUUAUGAGGACAAUAAAUAUUAAAAGAACAAAAAAUUUAAAAGAAAAAAAACAGAAAGCAAAUUCUUUGGCACUGAGAGAAAAAA